AUGUCACAUGCUAAACCAGACCCCUCACCCCUCUCUUCACCUACCUCAUCUCCUUCUGAGCAGACCUCGCCCCUGGACUCAAGCCUGCCAAACCAGGCUCCAGAUAGUGCCAUCCCGAGCAUAGAGAACGGCUCGUCUAUUUCCACGACUGCGCCAACAUCCAACAUGGGUGCCAAACGUGCGCCCAAGCAGAGCCCCAAAAGAGCUCGUGAGGAAGAGGAUGAUGAUGAUGAAGCUUUCGGUACACCACCUCCCAAGGGGACAGCCAGAAAGACAAACAAAGCAGCAAACAGUAAUACUGUUACAAAGAAGGCAGCUGCUCCCAAGAAGGCAAUGCCGAAGAAAACCCCUGCAAAGAAGGUUGCAGUUGCACCGCCACCGCCCAGUUCGCGCCCUUCCCGAAACCGCAAAGCACCAGAGCGUUUUGAGGACCUCGAGGAGAAGCCUACUCCCAAAUCCCUCCCUAAUAAGAAGGGAUCCAGCAAAGUCUUUGACCCCAUCUACAUCACUACCAACUCCUCCAGCCGCUUAGUCAAAGCCGAUGUUUACCACAUGCUCCUCGAAGGACCAGCCUGGACAAGUCUUAGCGCAGAACAACAAAGCACCCUUGUCUCCAUGCUUCCUCAAGAUACGACAAACCAGGCCUUACUUGCCAAGAUCAGCGCUGGCGAAUUAGAAGAUACGCGACCCUCAGCCUUCACUUUGGAAAACAACUGCUUCCGAACUGAUGUCGCCAAGUUCCAGGAAGAUCUUAAGAAUGGUCAUCUGGCGAAGACGUGGCAGGCAGCUGCUGAGCAGGCAGUUGUUGAACGGGCGGCAGGGGAGUACGAUGAGUGGAAGGCGGCGGAGGCCGAGAGCUGGUGGGGACAGAAGGGGAAAUGA